UAAACCCAACCAAUCCCACUAAAAAAAUUAAUCCAAAUCCCCAAGGAAAUAUCUAAAGAAGCACCUAUGAAAAUAAUUUCAUGUUACCAGAAAAUUGCUCCUUAGCUUUUUCUUAAUCUUUCCAGCCAACAAGGAGUCGAAAACUUUCAGAGAAUUCAAAACUUUGAACCCAGUAGGAAGUUGAACACCCAUCCAAGCAAACAAAAUCCGCCGAAUCUGAUUCGAGCUUUAGAAAAUUUUAACCACUCUGUUCGGCAACAACAAAUGGCGAAGAAGAGCGAUGGUCUGCCCCAGGAACUCAUAAUUGAAAUCCUGCUGAGGUUGCCGGUGAAGACUCUAUUACAAUGUAAAUGCGUCUGUAAGUCAUGGCUCUCUCUUAUUUCCGAUCCCAAAUUUGCAACUUCACAUUUUCAACUUGCUGCCUCACCCACAACACAUGGCCUUGUCUUUUUAAAAACAUAUUCUCCCAAUGAUCCUAAAGCCCUAAUUGUUGAUUUUGAUGCAUCGCUUACCGAUGAUUCAUCAUAUGCUCCACUAACCCAUCAUUUUCGGCCUCCGGGUAUUUGUCCUGGAACUGAAAUUAGAGGUUCCUGUAGAGGCUUUAUAUUUUUGCGCACUUACUCAGACUUUUAUCUAUGGAAUCCAUCCACUGGUGUCCACAAAAAAAUACCGGCCUCCAAACUCCGUCUUUACAAUCAUCUAUACGGUUUUGCUUAUGAUCAUUCAACUGAUGAUUAUUUGAUAGUUUUGCUGUCUUGCAAAGCUGCUCCUUAUACUAACUUGGAGAUUUUCUCAUUGAGAGCUAAUAAGUGGAAACAGAUUGAGGUUGAUUCUCAUUUUACUUAUCUUAUUACGACCACAUAUGACGAUGUUGGGUUGUUCUUGAAUGAUGCUAUUCAUUGGGUGGUUUUUAAUUUUGAGAUAAGAGAGGUUAUUAUUGCCUUUGAUAUUAAGGAAAGGAAAAUGUCAGAGAUAGCUCUGCCAUAUGAUGAUGGUGCUACAAAUGACGAUGGUCCUGACAUAUACGGUUUGUCAGUACUUGGUGGGCUCAUCUGUGCAUCGAUUGUGGAGAAGCGUACGGUUAGGAUAUAUGUGAUGCAAAAUUAUGCUGUGCAUUCAUCUUGGACUAAGAUUCUUGAAUUUUCUGUCGAUCCUGUUAUGCUCCAUUCUUUGUCCAUAAGGUUCAUUACAAAAUCUGGUGAUAUGAUUGGAACAGACGGUAGAGGUAGAUUGAUGAAGUUUAAUGACAAAGGACAGCUGCUAGAGCAUCACUCCUGUGGUAAGGGAAUCGACACAGAGAGAUUCAUAAGAUCCCAAAUGGUUGUGUAUACAGACUCUCUGCUAUCACUCCCUUGUGGCGCUGAGGAGGCUUAAGAAUAUGAGUAGUGAUAACAAACAAGAAGAACCUGAUUGGGAAAUGUUAGCAUUUAUGCUUUUCUUUAUAUUUAUCUUGCACUCUGAAUUCCAGGAUGAUAUCACGUCUUUCCUUUAGCUGGAAAAAUCACUCGUCAAUGGACACUAGUUAUGCGAACUACAUGCCAUGUUAAUGCAUAUGAUGUUUAGUUUAGUCUACACUAUAUUUGUAAUUAGUUUAUGUAUGAAACUAUGAAUAAACAAAUAAGAUCAUAUUGACCUUUUUUAUAAACAAAGUUUCUAUAGCAAUAAUAUAUUGUUUUAGAAGCAUGAUGACUCCAUUAUGAGAUAGUGAAAAGGUUUGCACUGUGGACUCAUGAAAUAUUUCAUUAGUUGAAUGCUCAAAUGAUUGACUGCUUCUGGGGCUGAAAAUCAAGUUAUUCAACUGGAAGGGAGCUCGGGUCCCAAGGGUUUGCUCCCCUUGGGGUCUCGAGUUCGAUGGUGCCCGGAACCAAAAAGAAACUCCAAACCCUCAAGGGCCCUCUAUGUGGAUUAGUCGAUCUGAAUGGUUGGAUACCACAUAUAUUAAAAAAAAAGUUACUCAAUUGGAAUUUUGAAUUCAAAUAUGAUUUCAGAGGGAAAAAUUAUUGAUGCUAGAAAACAAAAUGACAGUGUUUGUUAUUGAUAGCGAAGAGACUAACGACAGCAGUGCCAGCAUGGAGAUUUGAAGAAUAUAUUUUUCUUUUAGAAUAAUCCUAAUUCAAAAAAUGUAGUGAGCUGUAGAAAAUAUUAUGAAUGUUGAUUACCAAUUUUUAAACGUGUGAUUUUG